GUCGUUUCGUCGCCAUUUUGUUUGUUUUUGCUGAUUUGAACUCAACGAGCGAGCUUAUGACGGACGAACGGAUCAUGUCUUGUUGAAACGACGACUACGGAGUAUCCACUAGCAACUACCCACGGCAUUUAGUAAGCAGCGAACAUGACAGGAGCCAGUCAAGGAAAGAAGUGUAUCGAAAGAGACUACGGGACGUCCGGAUUGAGGCGUGCACAGACAACCACACUGUUCAGAGCUGUCAACCCCGAACUCUUCAUCAAACCCAAUAGACCAAUGAUGGCUUUUGGACUGGUUACCAUCACCUUGUGUGUCGGUUAUCUGGGCUACCUCCAUGCUAUGGGAGAAAACAAUCAGCAGCUUUACGAGGCCAUCGACAGUGAAGGAGAGAGACUGAUGAGAAAGAGAACAUCCAAGUGGACGUGAGAACAGUACUGAAGAGGGAGCAACAGCAAUGUGUAAAUACUCUUGUUAAUUUAUACAAACAUAGUUGCUCCAUUAGAGCAAAGACACGGCAACUGGUAACUUACACAUAAGGCACAGCUCAUUAACGUCAUGACACAUAGAUACAAAACAUUCAGUAGAUAACAAGACGUUCAGGUGAUAACAGAACAAAUGUCUGCCUUAUGAGGGUAUGUUUUUCCUUCUUUUCCCCUCCCUUUUCUUCUAUUCCGUAUUCCUGCUUGUGAACAGUAUAAAACCUUCUGAUCUGGAGUCUGAUGUUGUUGUUUUCAUCUGUUGAAGUGCAUUGUGUACCGACUCCCGUAAAAUAACCCAAGAUCUUGCAAAUAAAAAAAUAACUAUU